UUUUGAAAAAAGCUUGAAUGAGUCUAAUUUAUGAAUAAGCGCAGUCACUAAUUCACUAAUUCGGAAUCGUGAUAACGGGGAAUGCGGCGGAUAGUAAAUAUUGAAUGCCUACCAAUGUAACAAAGUUUUAUUUAUUUGACCUGGUUUUUUCGAUAUAUAAAUUGACCUGGUUUUUUCGAUAUAUAAAGCAAAUGGCAGACAAAAAAGGAGGUUUUUUCAAAAUUGGUUCAAGUAAUAAUCGACAAAAAACAUUUCGUCCAAAAAAGAAGUGGGAAUCAAACUCAAUAAAAUACCAGCUACACAAGAAAGCCAGAGCAACCUUAAAGUCUGGAAUCGAUAUGCGAGAGGCUGUUGCACUUCCUCCUAGUGAAGAUUUAGAUGAUUGGUUAGCAGUACAUGUUGUGGAUUUCUACAAUCGAAUUAAUCUUAUCUAUGGAACAAUAUCUGAUGUAUGUACAGAAGCAAGCUGUCCAGUCAUGUCUGGUGGUCCAAAAUAUGAAUAUUAUUGGGCAGAUGGAGAAAAGUACAAAAAACCAACAGCACUGUCCGCUCCAAUGUAUAUAUCAACACUCAUGGAUUGGGUUGAUCAUCAAGUAAAUGAUGAGAAUAUCUUUCCUCCUAACUCUGAUGAUCCUUUUCCAAAAAACUUCUUAAGCAUAGUGAAAAACAUAUUAAAAAGAUUGUUUCGCGUCUUUGUCCAUGUUUAUAUUCAUCACUUUGAAAAAAUUGUUUCGUUAGGUGCAGAAGCUCAUAUCAACCAAUGCUACAAACACUUCUAUCAUUUUGUAACUGAAUUUGAUCUCAUCGAAAAACGUGAAUUAAAUCCUUUAAAAGAUAUGACGAUGCAGCUAUGUGGAUGACGUUUUUUAAAUAAUUUUGUUUCAAGAAUUCAUAAAAUGUUUUUCAUAAUCUUUUGUUGACCAGGAUUGCUUUAAUAUAUAACUUCUAGCAGCAUACAUGGAUCCAAGAAAAAAGUAUUUGAAUUUUCGUGAUUUUUUUUUUCCAGCAUUUUACUGAUUCGAUUUACAAUUAAGCACGAAUGCUUGACUGUUUAAUAAAUAAUAUAUAAUGCAGAUUCGUGAAUAUUGAAUAGUAAAUAUCAUUUUCAUUUUGAAUUUAUGACAAAUAAAAUUAUUGUGGUUUACGUUCUGUAGAUUAUUUUACUUUCUGUAAAUUAUUUAUUUCAUUUUAUUAUAUUUUGUAUCCUUAAUUUUAUAUUUAAUUUACGCAAUUUUUAAUUAUUUUUUUUUUAAUUAAAUGUUUCAUAUUUUAACUUGUUAAAAAAAAACAAUGUAAAAUGUGUAGCAAGCAAUAAAGUUUGAGUAAAA